CAAGAUGAUUGUUUGUUUGCAGCAAUAACGGAAGAAUGUCUGUCAAAGAGGAGGAGCAUCAAGUCGACACGAUCGCGCUACGAGCAGAGCUUAAAGCGUGGGAAAAUGCAUUUAAGGAAAAGCAUGGUCGAAAGGCGGGACGCGAGGAUAUCAAGAAGGAUACAGCCAUAAGUGCGAAAUACAAAUUGUACAACGACUUGACGAGGCUUCCCAAGCCUCCCACGGUUGCAACCACUCCGCGAAAGAGCACGCGACCAGCUGCCACGAAAGUCUCGCCCGCGAAACCUCAAUCUCGUGCACCUGCAGCGACACCUCGAAAGACGCCAAUUCGCCUCAAAUCUGCCGGGCACCAUGCUCAGACCGUACUGUCGCCGGUAAAGGAAGUAGAGCCGGAGCCCACACCACAAUGGAUUCGUGCUGGUCUUGGUCCGACACCGCAACGGGAUGGACAUGUGCUAGGCCUGUUCGAUAUCGAAGACGAUGUACACGAGACGCCGAUGAAGAAUGGACAAGGUGGUACUGUGGCAGAUCUCGUGGCAGCAACUCCGAGCAAAGGGACAAGCUCAGCGGAGCAUGUACACAUGAAGUCGCCAGAGUCCUCCAAUGGCAAGCGAUUCAUGCUGGCUGCUUUCGCUGGUACACCUCUGAAGCGAAAACGAGAAAACAACGACAUCGGCACGACGAGCUCUUCGAAGCGAAUGUUCGCGACACCCUCAUUCCUCCGGCGAUGCAAUCCACUUGCCAAAAUCGAUGAAGAUGAGGAUUCGCAUAUGCCUGUUAGCAGGCCACCAUUCCAAAAGCGUGGACUAGUGAGGAGCUUGAGUACCAUCAUUCAGAAUCUGAAAAAGCAGCAAGAGAAGGACAUGGAUGAAGAAUGGGAUAUCAUGGACGAGAUAGACGCAGAGUCAAGGGGCGAGAGGGUGCAGAAGAAGAAGGUACCAGAACUGCAGGUCGAGGACAGUCAGGCUAUAGAGAUGCCAUUAGGUCCGGAUGAGGCUCCACAGUCGAGCGAAGAAGACAGCGCUCCAGAGAACAACGAGCCCACACGAAAGCCAUGGAAGAAGAAGGGUUUGAAAAGGCAAACGAGGCGGACAAACAUGAAGCCCGUGUUUCACAAAGCACGCAAGGAAGGCGACGUCGACCAAGAUCCUAGCGAUGACGAGCAAGAAACGCUCGCCGAAUCACAGCUACAGGCUCCAGAAGAGGGUGACUUCGAGGAUGUGGAUGACCAUUCGGGUACUGAUCGAGCUGCGCGAAAGAGCACAAAGUCGAAGAAAUCAACGACGAAAGAGACAGAUAAAGACGAUUCCAAGAAGAAGCCGCGCAAAGUCAACCCGGACGCACAUGCAAAUUACAGACGCCUGAACAUCAAGAACAAGAACUCAAAAGCCAAAGGAAGAGGCAGAUUCGGCAGAAGAUAGAUCCAGCAAUCAAUCAUGGCUCGUGAGCUGCACAAUUUGAUUUUGAACUUUUGAACUAUACAGAUUUCA